GCGCUGCUGUGUUGCUGCUGCUACGUGCAGGUAAAAGGAACAGGCGACACACACACACACACACGCGAGUGAAAAACCCACAAAAAAACACUGAAAACAUUUAUCGUGUCAGAAAAGCUAUGGAAAACGAGAAGCUUUUCCGCGCGGCAGGAACACAGACACGAGGUGUUUAAAGUGUGGAAGAAAAGCGACGUCUUGAAGAGAAAGUGUCAACCAUCGUUUGGCUCCUGGACUCCACGCUUUGUGCGGAGCAACUUGGGACAGCUGCGUGUUUUCCAUCAACAAAGAAUGAAGGCAUUCAAACGAGCUCUUGAAGAAGAGCAUCGGCCGGAGCAGGAUCACUCCUCGGCCAUGUCGGACAGCGAUGACGGCUCCCCGCUCGACCUGUCAGGAAGGGGGCUUCUUGGAAAGCGCCGUCGCCGUGGCAACCUGCCCAAGGAGGCGGUGCAGAUUCUGCGGAGCUGGCUGUAUGAACACCGCUUCAACGCUUACCCAUCAGAGCAGGAGAAGCUCAGUCUCUCUGGUCAGACCAACCUGUCAGUACUACAGAUAUGUAACUGGUUCAUCAAUGCACGUCGCCGCCUCCUCCCCGACCUGCUUCGCAAGGACGGAAAAGACCCAGCCAAGUUCACCAUCUCCCGAAAGAUUGGGGGUAAAAGUGAAGGCAACUCGUCUAAUGGAGGUGGAGCCAGCUCUCCAGAAAGAAACUCCUCCCCCAGUUCCUCUCAACUGCGGCCAUCGGUCAUCCGUUCUGCCCCCACACUGGACCUCAGUCUUCUUGGGAACACAGCCACGGCUAUUCUGACAGGAGCAGGCUACCUGGGUAUAGAAGGGUCAGUGCAGGCACUCAUGAAGCUGGAUACACAAAGUUUGCUGAGGGAAGCAGAGGAACAAGGGGUUAAUACAGCUUGUCUCACCAGCACAACAAUGGCAGCUAGUCCCACUAGUGGCCUCUUCAACACUCCUCCCCCAACUCCACCUGAGCUGUUCCCCACCCAGGACUUCAGUGAUUUGAGGCUUCUAGUUGAUGCAGCCCUGCAAAGGGCAGCAGAGCAAGAAAACCUGAAAAGACUUCAAGAGGCCCAGAACAAACCAUCAGAUGCCGUGGAGACACAGUGCAGUGCUUAUAGCAGUGACCCACCCAGUGGCUCCACACCACCUCCAGAGGACAACCAACAAGUCAUGGAUGCCUCCAGAGUACAGAGUCUGAUGGAGAAGGCUAUGGCAGUUCCAGUGUCAGCUGUAACUUCACUGAAGGCCCCAGUGGCUCAGUCCUCACCAGCCCCUGUUCUAGUUCCAGCUCCUGUCUUGGUCUCAGCCACAAGGCUGUCUCCUCUACCGAUGAAUAAAGUCAUCUGGAACCCUUUGGACAAGGACACGACUCGAGCCUCCAGCCCAAACCACCCUCAGCUCAUCCCGGCUCAUUUGCCAACAUUUGUGCCAGUGUCUGCUUCUGUCUUUGGGCAGCUAGAUUCUCAGAAAUCACUUGCAGUGCCAGCCAUCACCACAGCUUCAUCACCAGCUCCACCCUCAAGCUCAGUUCCAGCACUUUUGCCCGCUUCAACUAGUGCCACAGUACCAGCUUCAAGGCCUGUCUCUGUACCGUCAGCAGUCCUUCUGCCUAAUACAAGUUCUGCCUCUGUCGCUGCUUCAAGCCAGAUUUCAUCCCCAAGUGUACCUCUCGUUCCAGCAGCUACUUCUCCAACCAUCGCCUCUGUUGCAUCCUCCAGAGGAGUCCCGAUUUACCUGCCAUUCCAUAAAACCCCAUUAAUCCCUGUCACAGUUCCAUAUCCGUCGUUUAUUUCAACAUCGGCAUCGUCUCCAGUCCAAGUUUCAGUGUCUGGCCCAGCUUCAGCUCCGACACCAUCUUCUACUCCAACGAUCACACCUCUUGUGGGCCUUGCCUCCCAGCUCUCUCCUCCUUCUCCUCCUCUUCAUCCCUCUUCCACAAGCAGCAGGAAUUCAGCAGUGGGACCCAGUGUUUGGAAUAUGGUACAUGCUGACACCAGGCAACCCAGUUCACUUCAAGUGGUAAAAAACCCCAUCACCACAGGGUGGGGCCCUCUGCACACUAUGAGUGAAACUGUAAACUAGGAGCUGCAACUGGGCGGCCAUCUUUUUAAAUAUAAAUAUCCACAGAGGAGAGAGGUCGGACAUUUUCUUAAGGCUGGACAACACUGUAUAUAGCUGAAUGUAUCUAUCAAGAGUCUUUGUUGACAUUGAAGCCUGUGCCUGCACAAUAUACACGGUAAUGGAUUAGAUGUGUGAAGUGGGACAAAGUGAAGCAACGGACAUGAGGUGUUUUUUAGCAAUUUCAAGUGACUUUUUUUAUUGUUUUAUGUCGCUGUUGUGGAAGGACACUGUUGAUUGUAAGCUGUGGCGCCAUUUCUCAAUGGGAAAAUUCUUCAGUGCAGAGUUUUUCAACCUCCUUUUCCAAGUUACAGUUUAUGAAUUAUUAGGAAAAUGUCCUGUAAUUGUACAAAAUUCAAAUUGGUGUCAUUUUUGAGCACCAGCAGAGUUCGCCUCCUCAGUAACAAUACUGGACUUUGUUGAAUGUACAAAAGGCACUGACAUGAAUGGCUAAGCUGCCGAUCACCCAUUCCCAUCCAGGAUAGAAGGACAUUACUUAAACAACAACUUCAGUCCUCUAUAGUUGUGCAAUUCAUAGUUUUGUGUUUACUUCAGUACAUUUUCCCUUUUUUAAGGUUAUUUUUUUGUUGUUAUUGAGUAGAGGAGAAAUCUAUGUUGUCGUUCCUGAAGUUUUUUUUAAAACUUUAUGCGAGUCAACCCCCCCCCCUUGAAUUUCCACUUGAACACAUGCUUAACCAACAUGUCGCCGAUGUCAUUUCAAUACUAAAAGUGUCUUUUAAACAAGUGAUUAGCAUUUUCCUUCAUUUGUGUAGGAUGUGCUUUUUGUUACUUGCGCGUGACCUUGCCCAGUUGUGCACAGUCUGCAUGGAUAUUGAUCAGGGCAGGGGGCUUGUGUGACUGGGAUGGAGAGAAGGUCACAUUGAAUCUGUUGCAUAAAUCAAUGUUCAGUGGAGAGGUGAGCAGCUUUUGGAUCUGGUGAUGUCACUUCUUUAAAUGAAAUAUUACACUCGCUGUGAGACGAGGUAACCUCUUAUCUUUUGUGGUGCAGAACACUUUAAACAUUGGAUCCUCUUGGUUGGAGGAUGAAUGAGAAUAUUAUGUUGAUUUCUCUCGUCGCUUUGGAGCUGCAGAAUCGGCUCCGUCUAAUUUAAACCAUGAUGUCAUAAUAGUGGUACAGCAAAUGUAGCAGAUUUACUGAAGUAGCUGAUAUAUAAACUUGUUUUCAAGACAGGUACAACAGCAUAUGGUUCACUCCUUCCUUCCGUUUAGUUUUCACCUGUGAGUAGCAGUGGACUUGAAUUGUAGAAUUUCUAAUCAUUCUUGAAGCUGUAGUUUCUAUGAAACUGUCGAAGCUUAAACCAGGAUUUAUGACUGAAUGCUGUCGACCUACUAAUAGUAGCAUUGUGUAGGAGAAGUUGGGAGAAUAAUACUGUAGCAGAAUCAUCUUGUUAAGCGUCACGGUUACAUUUUUACAUGUGCAAAUGUUGUGGGGUCAAAAACGCUGACGAGCACUGACUCCCAACAUCCCCAGCAAAUCCUUCCAUUGUCUUUUUCAUGACCAAUAUGGAAACUCUGAACUCUGGUUUUUGUACUUUCCUCAUUUUUAACAUUGUUUUCCUUCUCACUGCUCAUCUGUUCAUGUCAGUGGAUGUUUUAUUUGUUACUGGUACUCACUAGACUGAUGUGCAUUUAUACCUCAAUUUACAUAGGUCAUGUCAGGUUUGGUUCAUAUGUGUAAUAUAUUAAUACUGCGUAGUAAGGAUUUCUGAGUAUUAAGUAUUUUUCUUUUUUUAUUAUUAUUCAAACUACAUUGUGCCACUGUAACUACACCCAAUCGGUUGUGAUACUGGAAAGACAAAAGGCUUAAGCUUAGGCAGACAGGUUUUUUUAUAUAUAUAAUUAGGGUUUAUGUUUGGUUUUAGAGGCAAAUUGAUUUUCCAAACAGAGAAAACUAUGUAUUGAUGCAUGUAAAUAUAGUCAAGGUCGUUCUUUUUUUUUGUAUGUAAGUAUUGGCAUGAACUUUAUCUCAAACUUGUUUGUUUUCAGCCAGGUGCAUUCCAAAAUGUUCUCUUUUUUUUUUUUUUUUAAAUGAUCAUGUGAGUCAUGGCUGAAUGUUGGACCGACUGGCUGCUGUGCCUUAAUACGACUGAGGGAUGAUGUCCCUUUUUUUUAUAUAUAUACAUAUAUAUAUAAAUUAGUCGUGCAAUAUAUGCCUUAAACUUUAAAUGUGUGUUUUGUAUAAGCAUUUCAAAGAAUAAAAGUUCCUUUUUUCAUACA